AUGGCAGAGGGAAAUCGUCCCACCGUGACUGACUUCAUCCUCUUGGGUUUCACACAAGAGCCACAGACACAAGACAUCCUCUUUGUGGUGUUUCUGUUGAUUUAUCUGACCAAUGUGGUGGGGAACCUAGGCAUGAUCUUCAUGAUUACUGUGGACUCACAACUUCAUACUCCCAUGUACUUUUUCCUCUGCAACCUGUCGUUCUGUGACUUCGGCUAUUCUUCUGCCAUUGCCCCUAAGAUGCUGGUGGGCUUCUUACACGGCAGGCAAGCCAUCUCUUUUGCCGGCUGCACCAUGCAGUUCCUUUUCUUCGGUGUCUUUAUGAACACUGGGUUCUACACGCUGGCUGCCAUGGCUUAUGACCGUUAUGUAGCAAUCUGUAACCCAUUGCUUUAUUCCACCACCAUGUGUAGGAGAGUUUGUGUCCAGCUGGUUGUGGCAUCCUAUUUGGCCAGUGCUGUCAAUAUCUUGAUAAACACAGGUGCUACGUUCAGCAUCAACUUCUGCAGUUCCAAUGUCAUCAACCAUUUCUUCUGCGAUGUCCCCCCUCUCUUAGCGAUCUCCUGCUCCGACACCCACGUGAAUGAGCUCCUACUCUACUUCUUUGCAGGCCUUGCAGAAAUGAGCUCUCUCUCCAUCAUCCUGGUCUCGUAUGUCUUUAUCCUUGUCGCCAUCCUGAGGAUGCGCUCGGCUGAGGGCAGGCACAAGGCCUUCCUCACGUGCGCCUCCCACUUCACAGGCGUUUCUUUGCUUUUCGGGACCAUCAUCUUCAUGUACCUGAGGCCGACUUCGGUCUACUCCCUGGACCAGGACAAAUGGGCCUCUGUGUUUUACACGGUGGUGAUCCCCAUGCUGAACCCUCUGAUCUACAGCCUGAGGAAGAAGGACGUGAAAGAAGCUUUUCGAAAAAUAAUGUACAGGAAAAUGUUUUUUAUGUGA